GAUUGCCCGGAUGCAGUAAACGGCACGGGGCAAAUAUUUCGGAUAAGACCGAUUGCGCUGCUCGUUCCUAAAUCGUCAGUGAUCAGCAAUGUUGCCUCUAUUCGUGGUGCUCCUUUCUAUCGGGAGUAUUCGGAUCUGGCGAUUUUCGAAGUGGAACCAGUGGAUAAACUGGAAGUGGAUGCCGACGGUGACCCAGAGCUUACUUAUAAUCUUAAAAUUGAACCUGUAUGCCUGGAGGCAUCGAACAUUACACCGCCAAUGGUUUAUACCAUUGCUUCGUUCGGUCGUAGAAAGGAUGUUUUCGUCGAUGCGCAGUUCCUCUCAUCGAUAUUCCCCGAUUUCGGACUUGCACGUACCCUUCUUCAGCGACAGUCAUCUUCUCUUGGUUUGCUGAAGAAGUCGGGGUACGUGCAAUUCCGAAAUCGGGGAACAUCGGCGAGCAGAAGCGACAAGUCGGCAGACCUGAACGGGUGA